AUGUACACUCUCCUGCUCACCCUGACCACCCUCCUCGCCAUCCUUCACCGCUACCGCAUCCUCGGCCGCCGCCCCAAAGACCUUCCCCCCGGCCCGCCCACGCUUCCCUUUCUUGGUAACCUGCACCAGAUCCCAGCCGCGAAGGCAUGGCACCAAUUCAAGGCAUGGGCGGACGAGUAUGGGCCUAUUUACUCGCUGAUGCUGGGGCCUAGUACUGUGAUGAUCGUGCUGUCCUCGGAUGAGGCGGUGAAAGAGUUGCUGGAUCGGAGGAGCGGGAAUUUUAGUAGCAGGCCGCCGCUGUAUAUCGGGCAGAUGAUCAGUGGGUGGAUGAGGAUGUUGUUGAUGGAGUACGGCAAGACUUGGCGGUAUAUGCGCAGUCUGGUGCACGACCACCUCAACAUCAAGGCAAGCAUAAGCUACGUCCCAUACCAGGAUCUCGAGAACCGUCAGAUGCUGCUGGGGUUUCUGGACAGUCCAGCGCGCUGGGUCGAUCAUAUGCGGAGGUACACGAAUGCGUUGACGACGCAGAUGGUGUUUGGGUUUCGGACGGUGAGCAUCGAUGAUGAGAAUAUGCAUACGUUGUUUGAGUGCGUGGAAGACUGGGCGACGACGUUCGGCACGGUACAGGCGCAGUUGUUGGAUAUUUUCCCCGUGCUGCAGCGCCUACCAGAUUUUCUCGUGCCGGUGAAGAGGAAGGCAAAGGCGCUGCAUGCGAAGGAGCUUGAGCUCUACCUAGUCCACUGGAAUAAACUCAAGCGCGAUGUAGAAAAGGGCACUGCAAAUCCCUGCUUCGCCGCCGACGUUGCCCUCGCCCAAGCCAAAGCGCACUCAAAAAACGGCGAAACCCUCACCGAUGCCCAAGCCUCCUACCUCCUCGGGUCGCUCCACGAAGCCGGUUCCGACACUACCUGGUCCACGCUCAUCGGCUUCAUCCAAGCGCUGCUCCUCUUCCCGGACGUCGCGCGCACCGCGCAGGCCGAGAUCGAUCGCGUUUGCGGCGACCGGCUCCCUACCAUGGAAGACGAGCCGCACAUGCAGUACAUCCGGGGCUGCGUCAAAGAGAGUCUGCGAUGGAUGCCAACGCCGAUUUUGGGCAUGGUACGGAGCCCGAUGAAGGAGGAUAUGUAUAUGGGGUAUAGGAUACCGAAGGGCGCGACUCUAAUGAUGAAUGUGUGGGCUCUUCACAACAACGAGGAACACUUUCCCAAGCCCCGCGUCUUCGACCCUUCGCGGUAUGCACACGACACCCAGUCGGCCUUCGAAGCUGCGCACGCCGCCGACUUCGCGCAGCGCGACCACUACACCUUCGGCGCUGGACGCCGCUCAUGCCAGGGCAUGCACAUAGCCGAGCGCUCCCUCUUCCUCGCCUACGCGCGCCUCCUCUGGGCCUUCGACUUCACCCCCACCAAAGACUUCACCGGGAAACCCAUCCUGCCCGACGCAGACAACCUGACCGACGGCGUGCUUGUGCGGCCGGAGGAGUUUCCGGUGCAGAUUACGCCGCGGAGUGCGGAGAAGGCGGAGGCGGUAAGGCGGGAAUGGGCGAGGGUGGAGGGGAAGCUGGAUGAGGGGGGCCAGUGGAGGAGGGUGCCGCAGGGCAUGUUUAGUAAGGAGUAUGUGCCACUUGUUGGGUAG